AUGGCAGCUCGCUCAAAAAUUCCCGAAAUUUUUGAUAACAUGGAUUAUGGAGAAAGUGAAGAGAGUGUGGAGGAAGCUUUGGAAUGGAUAACAAGCAAGGGCAAUAAAUUUUUCACUUCUAUUGAAAACCCCAAUGAGCCCCCACCAGAUAGAGACCUCUAUAAACUGAAGCGUUUUAAUUAUGACCCUCUUUGUACUGUUUAUGAAUCUAAUAUUGAUGAUAUAACGAAGAUAAUUGAAACAACCGAUGUAGAAUGUUGGAUACAACAAAAAUCCCUAUCAAAAAUGCUAAUAUUGAAUAGGAUCAGCAAGGCAAUUGAAAAAAACGCUAAUUUAAUUGUGCAAUUAGAGCUAUUAUUUAGAGAAAUUUUAGCGAAGGACUCAAAAAAUACCAUUCCUUUACUCUCUAAUUACUUCAGAUAUUAUUCUGCUUUCGCUGAUCAAUCGGGAGAAGGUGGAAUUGCCGUGGGAGUUGUACCCGAUAGUACUUAUUUGCCUUAUUUGGGUCUAUUCAUUGCUCCUGCUCUCGCUCGAGGCUACAGUAUUGUCCUUCAGAUAUUACCAGAUUUAGCACCAAUUGCAUUUCUAUUGAAAGAUAUCGCAAAAUCAGCCGGAGUACCCGAGAAUGCUUUUAAAAUAAUUCCAUCUUACGGAGGGAAUCUGCAACCGUAUUUAAAUAGCGAAAAAGUGAAGAUUAUUAGCAUAUUCGAAGAGGCAAAUAACGGGAUAUACGGAGAAGUGAAUGGAUUGCAUAAAAAUAUUCUCAUUUUAUCAAAAUACAAAACGCCUACAAUUAUUUUCGACUCGGCCGAUUUGGAUUCUGCAUGCGAAAGCGUCAUCGAAUCUUCUUGGGGAUAUCGAGGUUGGCUACCUUGGAGUACCGACACGAUUUUAGUGCAAGAAAACGUUCUCGAAACAUUUUACAACAAAUUAAAAUCCAAACUUGCCGGUUUGAAAGUCUCCAACGCCCUCGACAAAUCCUCCGACAUUACUCUAAAGAAUAGAUUGAAUUCACUCGAUAAAUUGGUUAAGGAGGCGCAACAACAAGGCAUCGAGGUGUUUCGUUCGAAGAACGAAGAAGAAUGGUGCCCCACUGUGUUUAAAGGCGGAAAAGUUAAAACUAAUAACGUUUUUAAAACCGAUUACGAUGUUUUCAAAGCUAGAGCUGUGACUGUUUUGGCCUUUAGAUCGAUCGAUGAAGCCGUCGCUUUGGCUAAUAAUACCAAGCAAGGUUUGUGGGCGUCCGUUUGGUCCGAAAACAUCGGACUUGUUAACGAAGUCACCAAAAAAUUGAAGGUCAGUAACGUAUUGGUCAACACGAAUAACGUUCCGCUUGCUCCCGAUGUAGUUAUUUCGCCGAUUAAAGAUAGCGGUAUGGGGAAUUUCGGAGGAACCGAUGGUUUUAACGAAUACAAAUUUAGCGAUUUAGUUAAACCGGAGGCGCUUGUUGAAAAUCCAACUACAAUUCCAAGCAUCAAUAGUAUCGUGAGCGCAGCUAAAGCAGCCCAAGAAAGUUGGGAGAAAGUACCGAGGAUUCAAAAACAAAAAAUCCUUUUAGAAUUUGUGGAGUUGAACACCGACUGGUCGGAAUUAGAUGCUUUCGUUCGGGCCUUUUCUCGCGCAACGAUAGACAAACCACGUUCAACAACAAUCUCGGGGUAUCAGUUAACAUCCAGUAGAGAACCUAGAGGGAUUGUUGUUGUAUGCAACAAUGCAAAAUGGUGCGCUGAAUCCAUUUUAACGACGUUAUACGAGGGAAACGCGUUAAUUCUCCUCGAAGCGGACGAUACUCGCAGAAAAGUUUUCGAACGUUUGAAGCAAUUGCUACCUAAAGGCGUGCUUAAUUUGUUGCCUUACAGCGGGAGUAUUAUCGAAAAAUUAUCGGCUAAUAAACAAGUUUCGGUUAUUUUGGGAUGUAGGUUUGAUGGAGUAUUGAAAGGGUCUUUAAAAGAGUCGAUGAUAUUUAGGAGAAUUUGUGUGGAUAAUUCUCAUUUGGAUUGCGGCAGGUAUGCAACCUACACGAAAAACGUUUGGAGUGAUAUAGGAAAAUCAUCUACUUGCAAUUUUAGUUAA